ACAAAGGCGUGUCCACAUCUGAGUCAUGCUUAUAGCCAGACGCGCUGCGAUAAGCGUCGGCUCUCCACUCCUCAGCGCUCUGUGCACCGGCACAUUCACCAGCAGCCACAUUAAGCUCUCCACCAUGGCCGAGCACUCUCCUGACCAAGUGGUAUUCAACAAGCCAAAGAUUGAGCUGCAUGUGCACCUCGAUGGAGCCAUCAGGGUGCAGACCAUUCUUGACAUUGCCAAGAGACGCGGCAUCUCUCUGCCAGCAAACACGGUGGAGGAGAUGACGUCAAAAAUCAUUCUUCAAGAGCCCGCAACCCUCACGAAGUUCCUGGGCAAGUUCGCCGAGUACAUGCACGUAGUUGCUGGGGACAGAGAGGCCAUAAAGAGGAUAGCCUAUGAGUUUGUCGAGGACAAAGCGAAGGAAGGAGUGAUUUAUGCUGAGGUUAGAUACAGCCCACAUUUUCUGGCUAACACCAAAGUGGAUCCUUUACCAUGGAACCAAGUAGAAGGAGACUUGAGCCCAGAUGAGGUGGUGCACUUGGUCAACGAGGGCCUGAGCAAGGGGGAGAGGGCCUUCAAUAUCAAAGCCAGGUCCAUUCUAUGCUGCAUGCGCCACAUGCCAAGCUGGUCCAUGGACAUCGUAGAGCUGUGUAAGAAAUAUCGCCACGAGGGAGUGGUGGCCAUAGAUCUGGCAGGUGACGAGUCACUCAACUGUGAAGCCAAUCCAGGCCAUAGAAAGGCCUAUGAGGAAGCGGUGCGCUGUGGGAUCCACAGGACGGUACAUGCAGGAGAGGUGGGCCCGGCCUCUGUCGUGAAGGAGGCCGUGGAAGUGCUUAAAGCUGAACGUGUUGGACAUGGUUACAGAACACUUGAGGACCAAGCCCUGUACAAAAAACUGUUAGCUCAAAACAUGCACUUUGAGGUGUGUCCUAUUUCCAGUAAACUGACAGGUGCCUGUGACUCGGACUUCACGAAGCAUCCCGCCAUCACGUUCAGGAAGGACAAGGCUAACUACUCCCUAAACACCGAUGACCCUCUGAUCUUCAACUCAACCCUGCACCUCGACUACGCCACAGCGCAAAAGUACAUGGGAUUCACUGAGGAGGAAUUCAAACGAGUGAACAUAAAGUCUGCAGAGUCGUGCUUCCUGCCUGAGACGGAGAAGAAAGAGCUCCUGCGAAAACUGUUUACAGCCUAUGGGAUGAUACAGAGCACUGCCUUUUGAAUCUGCUGGAGGAUUUUGAGGAGAAAAUGGGACUGAAAACUAAUCCAGGAGCAAAUCACUCUGAACCCUUAACUCUCCCCACCUGACCCAGGGGAAUGUGUUUUUACUCAUUUGUAACCAGAUAUGAAGCACAUAGAAUAACAAAUAACAUAUGCUGUGUAUCAUAUGGCUGCCAAUUUUACCUCACAUAUCUGUACAUCAUCAGCAUGAGGGCUUUUUGCGUCUGCACUCCCUUUAAGAAUAUGCUUACCUUAUCACUUCCAUAUCUCUGCAUUAAGCAAGAAAGUGUUUGUCCUUAAGAAGCUAUUUCUUUUUUUUUUAUACAUACAUACAUAUAUAUAUAUAUAUCUAUAUCCGAAGUGUAGAUGCAUUGUUAGUCUUGUUUACAUCCUGUUGUCGUCAAAGAGAAUCAGGGAAUCUUCAGGAAACCUACACCUUCAUCACAGCUAAAAUGUUCAGAAAAAAAGAGUGAAAGCAUGUGAUAAAUGUAGCAGUGCAGGCAAUGAUAUUAUGGAAAAAACACUUUUUACUUUUUUUGUUUUUUGUUUCUUGGUUUAAGGCUGAAUUAAGGGAACCCAGUUUCUCUAUUAGGUGAAAGUGCUUCCCCCACCACACAUCAGGUAGACAGCUCAAUACCAAAAGUGUAGUCUUGCAUGCAAACACAGGGUGGCACACGACCAUCACAGAGAGGGACAGACCACCUGGUGCAUUUUACAUUUGAUAUACAUUUGCUCUCAGUUCUUUUGAUGUAUAAUAUAUAUUUAUUUAAACUAUUUUUUCAUGUCUAAAUGAAUAAGCAAUUCUGUCAAUAACUACCACCUUUCACACUGAUGAAAAACAACAAUCGUAAUAAAGGCAAUAAUGAGA